AUGAUAUUAAAUGAAUUGAUAAAAAAAAAGUAUUGGUACAUUAAUAAGAAUUGGAGAAUUCGACAUCAAAUACUUACAAUAUAGAUAGCCAGUUUAAUUUUGGUUUUUGCUUUAUUGACAGCAAUCAUAAUUGGUGGCCAAAUUUUGGUUCAAAAAAGCAUUUAAGAAUCUGCCGAUGUAAUAUUUAUAAGAUAAACACAAGCAGAAUUAAAUAGUGUAUGGAUGUACAAGCAUAACAUCCAAACGCUUUUGAAUUCUGGCAGCAACCAGAUAUCGCUGAUCAAUAAGUUUAAUCAAUACUUUUAAUCAAAUUCAUUUAAUAUUGUUGAUCCAGUAUAAUGUUUGAAUAAAGAAAACACAAAUGACACCUACUGUUACAGUUCUUCAUUCUGUUUCGGAAUAUUCAAUGCAACCUGUACUUAAAGAGACAUCGAAGAAUUACAAAUAGUUUAUAAAAUAACAUCAAUUCUCACUCAAUUUAGAAACUCAAUAGAUAACACUCAAGCUUUAUAUUUCAGUCAUGCCAAUAACGCGUAAUUCUAUACUCUGAGUUAAGGUUUUUAUUUUAAACCUGGAUUUAAACCGCACUCAAGACCAUGGUAUACAUUUCAUAGAAAUUAAACGACCAACACCACUAACUUAAGUUAACUCAUUUAUGGCAAUCCCUAUUAAAUUUUCCUUUCUGGAGGUGGGAUUCGGAUUGCUAUGACCUCGAAUUUGAUAAGUCUCAAUGAAGAAAUAGAAGGAGUGAUUGCUAAAGAUAUUGACUUUAAUUAGACCUAAGCUUUUAAAUAUCAGGAUGACUCAACCACAGUCACGAUUAUUAAUUUGAAAGGGUAGGUCAUUUAUAGCAAGCUUUAUGAUAAUCCAAAUUAAACUAUAUUUUCAAUAGCUGAUUAAAAUUAUUCUGGUUUCAAUUAAACAGAUUUUGAAUAAAUAGUAAACUAUCACAAUAAAUUAAAUUAUUCAAGCAGUUGCAGCAACAUCCAAGAAUACAAUAAUGUUCUCUGUAGAUAUAAUACUAAAUUAAAUGAUUCUAGCAUCAUUCAAACUGCAACUAUCAAUGGAACCCCAUAUAUUCUAUUACUUGUUAAAAACACUAAUUAUUUGAAACUACUUUAAAACAUUUAAUUAUCCCUCAUAGUUGACGAGUACAAUAACAUCAUUCAAUAGCAACUCAUCAUAUUCCUUAGCAUAACUCUAUUAAUCAUAUUCCUAACUUAUAUGGUUUCAUUCCUAUUAUUAAAUCAACUGAACAUCUUGAUUAUGCAAACUAAUGCUCAUCUAUUUAAUAAACAAGUUUAAUCUUUCAAAAAUGGAGUUUUUAGAAAUAAAUAUUAUUUUCAAUCAACCGAGGUAUCAAACUUAUUAUUGAGUGUGAUCGGUCUCAUGCAUAAUAUAAAUUCGAAUAAAAAAAAUGAAGAAUGUUUGAAUGAAGAAUAAAAGUAGUUUCCAUAAACUGUUAAAAUGAACGAAAUGGUUAGACUUAUCAUAAAAAGUUAAAUUGCUAAACUGUAGUAUAGAUAAGUAUAAAAUCAAAUUAGUAUUGAUAAAUCAGAUUUGAAGAUAUUAAUAAAUUACUUUAGACAACCUGAAAGUUUCACAUGA